UCGGUUUGCUGCGCAGCGGAAAAGGAUCGCGUCGCGUAGACCCUGCCCGACCCCUUCCUCCUCUCAGUCCCCUCUUCUCCCUCUGAACUCCACUCGUCGGCUCGUUGCGCGCGACGCCGCGGCAGAGAAAGGUUUCGGAAGACAACUACCCAAGCCACACCCACUCGCGCGGGGGAAAGCCAAGGAGCUGGCACCGGCAAUGGCGCCGCGCGUGCCGUGAUCAGAGGUCCAAACCGGCGGUGGAGACGGGAAGGAGGAGGGCGGCGGUGUGCGAUGGUACGCGGGCCGGCGAUGGCCCCGGCGGCGGGGCCCGGGACGGUGUCCGCGGCUGCCGCCGCCGCCGCGGCGGCAGCGGAGGAGAUGCGGUGGCGGCAGCUGGACAGCGGCGUGAGCGCGGUGUCGUUCGGGUUCGUGGCCACAGCCAUCCUCGUCUCCAUGUUCCUCGCCAUGGCCAUCCUCGAGCACUUCCUCCGGCCCCCCGCCCACGCGGCCGGGCACGGGGCCGCCCCGCCGCCCCGUGGGAUCCUCCGCCGCCUCCGCCUCCUCCUCGGCCGUGGCGGCGGGCGCGGCGCCGCCCCCGGCGCGGAUCUCGAGGCGGCGAGGAAGCUCGAAGGCCACGCGCCCCUCGAGAUACCUGUCUACCCCAAAGGCGUCUCGGUUCUGAUGCCAGGGCAAGACGUGCCAACGUUCAUCGCGCAUCCUGCCCCAGCACCCUGUCCCCCGGAGAGGAUCCAAUGGCCAUCGCACCAGCCCCCUCCUUUUGCCGGUUCCUCAUCAAACCCUAGCUAGCGCCACGGUAUUAUUACACUCCCCCAUUCAGAGCGCGAACUGUUGUUGGAAUCAGCCGUGUGCUCUGUGGACGUAUUGCCGAUCCAUUCCUUCUCUGGUGAAUCAAGAGCAUGCCCGUCAAGUCAAGAGGCUCUCUCUUUCUCUCGCUCUCUAUGUAUCUGUACAGUUUUAGGUCUUGUUCUGAGGCAAGCUUUGCCGCUGCCCCCUCUGCUGUCUUGUGGCGGGCGAGCGGCGGCUGGUGGAUCUCUAGAGUUGUCGCUGAUCCCGCUUGCUGUGUUAUAGUAGAUGCCUGAUGGAGCAUGUAAUGUGAACUCGGUUGCCAAAUGUGAGCCACCAGGCGUUUAAUUUAGCCCUUUCGUCUCAUUCUGUCU